AUGCUUCUCCGUCUGCCGCCCAGCUUGCACUACCCCAUCACCGUAACCUCACUGCUUAAGCAGCCUGGAGAUGCGAUUGAGCGGGAUGAGGCCCUUUUCUGGUACAUCUACCAGACGACUGUUGAGGAGGGCGAUGGGCUAGGCAAUAGAGUGGAGGUCAAGCGAAAGUUUCCAACUCGCUUUGAGUCGACUGUCGAUGGGGAAAUUGUACAGUGGAAGGUUGCAAAAGGCGAUGUGAUUACAGGGCCUGUUGACGUUGUCGAAAUCGAUGAGCCAUGCGCACACGAGGUUCAGUUCGGAGGACUUUGCGCUGAAUGUGGAAAGGAUAUGACUGAAGCUACCUAUAACACCGAAGUGAUGGACUCAUAUCGCGCUCCCAUUCAGAUGGCCCAUGACAAUACUACCUUGACUGUUAGUGAGAAAGAGGCUACCCGUGUGGAAGAAGAUGCAAAGCGUCGCCUUUUGGCAUCCCGACGUCUGUCUCUCGUGGUGGACCUUGACCAGACCAUUAUCCAUGCCACCGUCGACCCGACUGUUGGCGAGUGGAAAGAAGAUAAAGAUAACCCUAACUACGAAGCAUUGAAGGGUGUCCGCCAAUUCCAAUUGAUCGACGAUGGGCCUGGCAUGCGUGGAUGCUGGUACUAUAUCAAGCUUCGGCCAGGACUGGAAGAUUUCUUACAGAAUGUCGCCGAGCUAUAUGAACUGCACAUCUACACCAUGGGUACCCGAGCAUACGCCCAGAACAUAGCUGACAUUAUCGAUCCGACUCGAAAGCUCUUUGGUGACAGGAUUCUGAGCCGUGAUGAGAGUGGUAGUUUGACUGCAAAGAAUUUGCAACGACUAUUUCCCGUUGACACCAAGAUGGUGGUCAUCAUCGAUGAUCGCGGUGACGUGUGGCGGUGGAGUCCCAAUCUGAUCAAGGUAUCCCCUUAUGACUUUUUCGUCGGUAUUGGUGAUAUCAAUUCCAGUUUCUUGCCCAAGAAGCAAGAUCUCGGCGAAACGAGUAAGGCAGUGAAGGAGAAGGAGAAGCAUGCGAAGCAGGAACAGGGGGAUGGGGAAGCAGCGAAGGCAGUAGCAGAGAGUGACGUCUCCGCACUAGAGCAACUAGUGACGAUGGGAGGCGGUGAUAACCCAAGCUUAUUGAAGGAGCAAGCAAACGCCCAGGAAGAGACAAUUAUGCAUCAAGUGGAAGACCGCCCACUUUUGCAAAAGCAGAAAGAGCUAGACGCAGAAGAUGACGCGUCUGCAGACGGUAGUGAAUCAUCCUCCAGCGUUGAUGAACCUCAAGAAGCUGCCAAGCAGCGUCAUCAUCUUCUGGAAGACCAUGAUAAGGAGCUCUUCCAAUUACAAGACCGCCUAGAACGGGUUCAUAUGGCAUUCUUUGAUGAAUAUGACAAGAAGCGGACACAUGCCCUCGGAGGCCGCGUGGCGGCUCUCAGAGGCGAUAAAGCUGCCCAUAAAGACAGAGACGUUGAUCUGAAAUUGGUACCCGACAUCAAGGAUAUUAUGCCGCGAUUUAAGCGGUCUGUAUUAGGUGGCGUGGUCCUGGUAUUCUCAGGCGUUCUUCCUCUCGGGACAGAUACGCAGAAUGCUGACAUUUCCUUAUGGGCCAAGAGUUUCGGCGUCGUUAUAUCAUCAAAGAUCAACGCCCGAACCACUCACCUGGUGGCCGGCCGCAACCGUACUGCGAAGGUGCGUGAAGCUACGCGGUAUCCCAAUGUCAAGAUCGUCACCACACAGUGGCUUUUAGACUCUUUGGUCAGCUGGAAGCAUCUGGAUGAGACUCCGUACUUGCUUCCCGUGCAUCCAGACGAUCGCGGUGAGCCUUUCUCGCCCGGCUCCUUGGAACUCGCAGAUAGCACAUGGCUAUCGUCUUCAGACGAUGCAACGGGCUCUCUCUGGGCUGAUGAUGACGGCAACGAGGAAAUGUUCAAAUCUUCCGGGCUUGACGAUACGUCAGUUCCCGGAUACGACGAGGACGAGCAAGCUUUGGUGCACGACGAACUCAAGGAGUUUUUGGGCAGUGACGACGAGAGCGAAAGUGACAGUGAAGCAUGGGGUGAAGAGACAAACGAGGGAAGUAAGAAGCGCAAGCGAGGGGAAGACACCGAAGGCGAAGGUGACGAGGAGUCCGGUGAAGGAGAGGGCGACGAAGAUGAUCCCCAAGGCUCACGUCUAUCACAACGCAUCAAGCGUUCGUAUGAGCGGAGCACAAGUCUUCGAGAAGUCGCUACAGCAAGGGGCUCUAUCUCCGAUCCCUCGGGUCAUCACGACGAGGAGCCAGAUGCCACAAAUGCAGGUAUCACGGACGAUCAUGAUGACGGAUAUCCCGAGAAUCCAGACGACGAUGACGAUGCGCUAGAGCGUGAAAUGCUCGCUGCUUUCGAGGACGACGAUCCCCAAGCAGAGGAAGAAAUCGCUGCUGAAAACGGGUAG